AUGGGCCAAGGAGCUGUCCAGGCCACUGUUGAUGAAACCCCUGCCUUCCUGGGAACGGAAGCCACAGAUUCUCUGCCAGAGGCGUGUGGCGUCGCGGAGGAUGCCAAAGAGAGAGGCUCGGAGCCUUCGCAACCUUCGCUUCGGCGUUACUCCGUUCACCUGCUCGAGCACGGCGCAGCAGAGCUCUUGCGGACAUGCUUUUGUCCAUGGGCAAACCUGCGGGACAUCCUUUAUGCAGAUGCUGUGUGCAAGCGCUGGCACCAGCUGUCCCGAGAAGAGCAGUGGAUGGAGAUGUCCAUCCUCCAUGGCGGAGUCACGGCAAGCCUGCGGCGAGCCCUGUGGCGACACCUCUCGGCCGUGCAGAAUAUCGAGCAACGCUACCAGCGCGAGCUGGGCGUUGCCUCGGCAAGGGAGGCUUUCGAAGCGCUGCUCAAGAAGCCGCUGUCACAAGCAAAGAUCUCCGAGAUCGAGCGCGACGUCCACCGCACUUAUCCAAGCCACGAGCGCUUCGAGGGCCAGGAAGGUGCCAAGGGCAGAGCGGAGCUGCAGGAGGUCCUGCAGGCCACAGUCAUUGCAGAGCCCAACGUUGGCUACUGCCAGGGCAUGAAUUUCGUGGCAGCCACCCUGCUAAUCCAUCUCGGUUCAGCGAGCGAUGCCUUUUGGAUGUUGCUCGCUCUGCUGGAAAGCUAUCACUACAAGUUCGUCUUCGCUCCAGGGGUUCCACUCCUGCCGCUUCGCGUUUUCCAGUUUGCCGGCGUCGUGCAGAGAUGCUUGCCCAGACUGUGGCGACACCUCAGAGAGGAUGGACAUUCCUUGGAGAUUUUUGCUCACCAGUGUGUGCUGACGCUUUUCUCCUACAGCUUGGAGUGCCGGCUUGCUGGCAUUUCUGGAGGACCAGCUGACAUCUCACACCAUCUGCACCAGUGCAAGAAGCAUCUGCGCCUUCCACGCCACAAUGGGCAACUCGGCCCCGCCGCCUUCCGCGUGCUGCUGCGCUUUGACGUGGGCCUGGGGAGCCUCGAGGAGCUGGAAUCGGGCUUUCAACUCCAGCGGCUCGAGGUGCUGUUGUCGCAGGUGAGCGUCCCCGGUGAGCACGAUGCUCAGGUGCCCGCCGUGGACGAGCCUCUGCCUGCGGGUCUUGAGCGAAGCUCCUCGCGCAAUUGCUUCCUCGUGGACGGAAACAGCCUCAGGAGCGAGAACUUGCCUCCGAGAGGUGGCACCGUUGUCGGAAGCCCCUCCACCCUGCUCAAUCAAGCCGGAACAAAGGAGGCAUUGCAUGUCAACCUGGCUGAGCUCAAAGAGCUGAAGGUUGAGCUCCUGCAGUUCGACGAGCAAACCCAAUUUGAUGUCAAGGAGUUUCGUCGUCGCAUUGCUGAGGCCGACAAAGAGCUUCUGGGUCUUCUUCGCAGCAGCGCCGAGUUCCGCAUGGAGGUGGAAGAUGCGGAGUCAGCAUGGAAGAACAAGCAGGCAUACAGGAAGGCCUUGAUGGACGCUGUGCAAGUGGCCGUGGACUCUGCCAGGCCUUCCGAACCUAUGGAAGCUGCCCCCCAGGAGCUUGUAGCCGACUGCCGCGAAAAGCUGCAGAGGCUGCAGAUUGAGAUCUUGGAAGACGAGAGGAGGCGACAGGCACGAUUGGCUGAGUUCAACGAGCUCUGUGAAGACAUAGCAGAGCUCAAAGAGGUCAAGCAGCGGUCCAUGCUGCAGUUGCAGUCAUUUCUGGAGCUGCGUGACCAACAGAGGCAGGGCAGGCUGAAGAAUGCGGUUGCGCAGCUCAUGCCUUUGGCGCCAGUUGACUUGAAUC